CGAACGAGGUACUCACUUGUGAUCUGUGACAGAACAGCUGACAGGACAGACCAAUCGUGCUUUCGUAUUUUUUGUUUUGGUGAAGUGUACAUUUUUGAAUAUUUGUAUUUGUUGAGUCUUUGGGAAUUCAAGUGUAUUGAGCGCAUUAAUUUUGCAAUGGCAAAAAGGAAUGAUAGUAAAUAUUCCAUUCUGCUGCCAACAUACAAUGAGAAAGAAAAUCUUCCAAUUAUUGUUUGGCUUCUGGUCACAUACAUGGAUGAAGGAAAGUAUGAUUAUGAAAUCAUAAUUAUUGAUGAUGGAAGUCCAGAUGGAACUCUAGAAGUUGCUCGACAAUUGCAGAAAAUUUAUGGGGAAGAAAGAAUUGUGCUGAGACCAAGGGAGAAGAAGCUUGGCUUGGGAACCGCCUACCUCCAUGGCUUGAAACAUGCCACAGGCGAUUUCAUAAUAAUAAUGGACGCUGAUCUGUCACAUCACCCGAAAUUCAUUCCUCAAAUGAUCGCUCUCCAAAGUGCUGUGGACUAUGAUGUGGUGACGGGCACUCGGUAUGCCGGCGAUGGUGGCGUUUUUGGGUGGGACUUCAAACGCAAAUUGAUAAGUAGGGGUGCCAACUUCCUCACACAGCUGCUUUUGAGACCGGGGGUCUCUGAUUUAACUGGUAGUUUCAGGUUGUACAAAAAGUCAGUGUUGGAAAAACUUGUAUCUUCGUGUGUUUCCAAAGGAUACGUAUUCCAAAUGGAAAUGAUGGUUAGAGCGAGGCAAUUCGAAUAUUCCAUUGGAGAGGUGCCAAUAACGUUCGUCGAUAGAGUCUAUGGUGAAUCAAAGCUGGGUGGUUCAGAAAUUUUCCAGUUUGUGAAAGCACUGCUCUAUUUAUUUGCCACAACUUAAAGUUUCAAGUUUCAAUGAUGAUCAUGUUAUUUAUUUUUCUAUUUUAUAGUUAUAAUUGUCAUUCCUAUUGUAUUUCAAUGAUACCGAAGCCUAAGAACAAACCAGUCUUAAGACUCAUUCCAUUUGGAUUUUGAUUACUUGAUUUUCUUAUUGUAAAAUAUGCAGAUUAUAAUAAUUUAAGAUUUCUUGUCCAUUGUUGAGUACUAAUUUAAAUGCAUCUAAGUGUAUA